GGAAUCACGGCGAUACAAAGCGUCGAGCUGACUCGGGCGGAGAAGAGGAAGAAGAAGCGCACAAUGGCGGCUGCGCCCGGUCGCAUCGACGAGGCGACCCUGCGCGACCUGAUCGAGCCCGUGGGCGACCUGGACGAACUGGACCAGGCGUGCUUCCACAAGGGCGACGACCGCUGGAGGCCGGUGUCCGGCGACGAGAGCUGGGACCACGUGUUCGAGCGCACGCUGGUCUACCUGCGCACGCAGCUGGGCUACUUCUUCGACUUCAACAUCGCCGAGGGCAGCUUCGGCCGCCUGGUGCGCAUGUACGACCCCGAGAACCGCGCCGACGUCACCGUCUGGUUCAGCGCCGUCGUCAACGCACGUCGCGAGAACCUCUGGCGCACGCUCUCCCACCCGAACCUCAUGGAGCUGCUGCGCAGGAUCAGGGUGGACAUCUGCACGCCGUACCUGCAGACGUGCGUGGCGUACGUGAUGCCGGCCUUCCGGUGCACGCUACACCAGAAGGUCUCACUCAAGGCUUUUCUCUGCUCCGAGGGUUCCUACGCGACCGUCAAGUUCUGGCUCUCCCAGGUGGGCGACGCACUAGAGUACUUGCAUCAGCGGGAGCUCUUCCACUUGGACGUCAGCCUCAGAAAUGUCUUCAUAUUGGAGGCGGACCGCGCGGUGCUGGGAGGUCUGGCGAGCCUGCAGCCCAGCCGACUGGUGUCGGCCGGCGACGUGCGGCUAGACAGCGUGUUCGCGCCGCCCGACGUGAUCGCGGCACGCAUUGGCCUCGCCGCCCCCGUGCCUGCGACGACGGGCGGCGACCUGCAGGCGGACCGCGUCGACGCUUGGGGCUUCUGCACGCUGGUCGCCGAGGCGCUCACCUGCCACUGGCGGUGGAAGGUGCGCAAGUUUCUGGUGCUGAGCAAGAGCCGCGACAGGAGCACGGCCGAGAGGCUGUCUCUGCUUGCCGACUACGUGACGAGCCGCUUCACGAGCACCGCCUGCCUGCGCCGCUACGUGCACCAGCACUUCCGCGGCGCGCACGUGGACGACGACGAGGUCUCGGCACUGGCGGCGCUGCUUGCGCUGGGGCUGCGGGUGGACGCGACCGCACGGAGGUCCGUGGCCGCCAUGCGUGCCCACAAGUACUGGCACGCCCCGCAGGCCAGGUCACCCACUUCACCUGUGGAGAAUGCGGUUGAGUCAUCGCUGGACAACACGACCACCUGCACGUGGGAGGCGUCCAGCGCCGAACUGCCCUACCGUCAGGCGUCUGGAGACGAGGAGGAUGACUCGGACGAUGACGAGGAAGAGGAGGAGGAGGAAGGCGGCGGAGAGCCGCAACACUCGGACACCGGCAGUUCGGCCGCCAUGGUGCUGCUUCCGCACGGCUCGUCGCCGUUACAGCUGGCGGGGGGCCAGACGCCCGGAUCUCUGGCUUCCCGCACGCGAAGGUGGCUCGCUGUCCUGACGGGCAGACAGCAGCCUUGAAUUCACUAUGCCAAGUCGAGUUGUUCACGUCAGCCCGAAUGCAUGGCGAUCCGACAUUACACGGCGACGAACUUGCUGCGGCAUACUGCGGCGGAUUUCGCAAAAACUUCGCUAAAUGUUUUUUCUGGAAUGCUCCCUUAAAGUGGAAGGCCCCCCAAAAAUAUUUUAGAAAAUCAGAAGCCAAGAUUGAAAUAACUUUUUUCCCGAGUAA